GAACCAUGUUGCAUAUUUUCUUAAUAGUAUUCUUUAAAAUAAAGGAAAACAGUGGAAUUUUUACAGAGAAUCAAAUAAAGAAUUUAGAACUUUAUAAAAAUAACCUAUAUUACGAAUAUAAAAGAAAAGGACUUCCAAAUAGAUUUAAGCUUGCAGAACCACAUGCAAUAUUUUGUUGUAAUUAUACCGGAAAUUGGAAAGGCUUAGGCUUAACUCAUUCAAAUUAUUAUAAAACUUGUCAAAAGGAUAAAGCGACUACGAAAUGUACAGUUGAAUUUGUUGAAAAUAUUAAAAAACGAUGGUUGCAAAGGCAUAGAAAGUCUAUUAUGUUAAAAACAAUAUCAUUUGGAUUUUCUAGCUUAGACGUUGAUCUUAUGAUUUAUAUGCUAAUGUGUAGUACCAAUAGUAUCUCAUCAAAUUGUCAAAUGAAUAUAUGCUCCGAGAAUCAACCUUGUAUCAAUCUUCAUAACAUUAAAGAAACUGGUAAAUGCCAAUCAAAUAUGUCUAGUCUAUAUAAAUAUGAGUACGAGUGUCCAUGCGACGACAAGUAAUUACAAAAAUUGACACAUAAAGUCAAUCUACUCUAUUUAUAGUUAAUAUUUCUCUUUUAAAGGUCAGUCUGGAAGAAAGAUUUAGGGGUAUGCACUUCGAAGAGAAUUACUAGUAGAAUAAUAGAACCUUAUUACAACAAAGUAAAUGUUCGUUGCUUUCUUCCAUUUAUCAAAGGAUUUCGACGAAGAGCGACUUCAGAUAAUUUUGAUUGUGAAUGUAUUUCUGGCCUGAAAGCUGAUCCUAUGGAUUCUAACGGUGGACAGACGUGUACCUACCCAAAUGAUGUUUGUAGUCACGCAGACGGUGAAGGAUUCAAAGCUUGCGGACCCUAUGGAAAAUGUAUACAAUAUCCAUUUACAAACAAAUACGUAUGCGAGUGCGAUAGCAAUCACGUUCAAGAUCCACUAUACAAGGAUUCCCAGGAUAACUGUCGUAUGAAAAAGGUUUCUUGUAUAUUUAAGAUGUGCAUUCAUGGAAGUUGUGUUGAAGGAGAAGAUUCAGUGGGUUUUUGUAUUUGCGACGAAGGCUAUACCGGUGAAUUUUGCGAAAAGAGAAGACCAAUUUGGAGCAGUUGGUCUCCUUGGUCUCCUUGUAGACCACAGUGUGGUCCUGUUAGAAGAAAAAUACGAACUCGUUUCUGCGGAUUAAAUAGAACUAAAGAAGAAGGUCUAGACUCUAGAAGGUGUAUGUCUCAAGUGGAUUCUUUAAAGAAUUUUGAACUCGAAGCGGCUAGAAUGGAGGAAGAUCCUUGCGAAGCAAGCGCUUGUUUCUUAGACGGUACAGUUGGGGAAUGGGGUGAAUGGUCCAAAUGCAAUCAGACAUGCGACACAGGAUUUAAGUAUCGAUAUCGUUCUUGCUUUAUGGAUUAUAACAUUUUUAAACAAGAUCAUAUUAGGAAUCAUAUGAGUCGGCUCCUGAGAGAUUUCUAUAAAAAUCACUUUCACAAGUUUACUCCAAGACUUCGAUACUCUUCAGGUAUAUGUAGUGGAGGAUAUCUUUCUUCACUGCCAAACGACGGUCAGUUGGGUAAUUGUACAGAAAAAAUAAUGGAUACUAAUAUUAUUUCGGAAGAUAUUAAAAGAAUGACUAAAUCCUAUUUUAAAACAAAAUGCUUAAAGAGUACAAAAGAAAUUGCCUACUGUAAUCGUUGCCCUUGUAAUUUUAUACCAGGAAAGAAAUCUUGUGAAGAGAUACUAAGGGAAAAAACUGCUGUUUGGAGGAUUUUACCACCAAAAACUCAAGAGAAAGUACAGUAUGAAAGCCUUCAGGAAAGUAUAGAGGUCAAAGACUUGGAUUUCUUUGGUAGUCGUUUAAGCCCUCAAUGUAUUAUUGUAUUAACAGUUACAUUGUUAAUUUCUUUUUGUUAUAUAACUCUUAUUUCUUGCUUCUAUUUUGUUGUUAAAUCCAAUUUGAAUGAUCAUGUCAAUAACAUUAAAAGUUCAAUGAGAAGAAGGCAAAGUAAAAGUUUAAAUAGGCUUAUAAGAGCGUCUAAAUCCUAUAUGUAAAUAAUAAAUGAAGAAAAAA